AUGCGAUUCGUCGAGGCGCUGCGGAGAAACGGCGUCCACGGUCGCCGGCGCGACGCUUCGCCUGGCCGAAGAGCGGCCAUCGCCGCCGUCUUCCGCACGCACCAGGGGCGGGAGCAGGUCCUCUUCAUCCGGCGCGCCGUCAACCCUCGGGACCCGUGGAGUGGCAACGUCGCUCUGCCCGGCGGCCGGCAGGACGCGGCCGACGGCGGCGAUGACGAGGCGACUGCGAUUCGCGAGACGCUCGAGGAGACUGGCCUCGACCUGCGGACGCCGCACUGGGAACGGCUUGGCCGGCUUGUCGAGGACCGGAUCGCCGGAGGCGGGCCAAAGUCGCUGGCGGUGGCCAUGUACGGCUUCGCGGCCCGCUCCGAGGGCGGCGAGUCCCACGUCGCGCUGACGCUGCAGCCGACCGAAGUCGCCGCCGCCUGGUGGUACGAGCUCUGGGGCCUGACGCUCGCCUUCUUCUCGGACCUGCUCCGCGCGAGCUCCGCGGGCCAGCCACUGGUCGGGGAGGGUGCGCCGCCCGCCUUUGCGAGAGCCUUCACCGCCUCGGCACAGAGCCCGGUGGCGCGGUCCGCGGCCUGGCUGCUCGAGAGCGUGCGCCUGCGCGGAGCGAGGAGAACGGCGCUGACCCUGGCCGGCGCCUCGACCAUGCUCUUGGCCGCGGCCGUCAGCGUCGGCAUCGCAGUGGCGCGCUUGAAAUGA